AUGAGUACACCUUCGGGACGAGAAAAUUUCUUUAGUGGAACUUAUAUAGGAGAGAUAAUAGCUAGCUGGUGUCAAUUUAUACAUAAAUUGAUGCCAGAAGAAGAAUUUGAAGGUCAAGAAAUAUCAGAGUUUCACCCAAACCUAUGGAACUUUAUUUACUCGCAUUAUUUAUAUCUUGCAAUUUUUGUGAAUGUAUUGAACAAUAGAAUUAACGCUAUUGUCGCUCCUCGCAAUCCAAGACCCUUAACCUUUACGACUCGGCUUUUCUUACGUCUACCAUGUUUUUUCUUGAUGGUUAAAGCGAGCUUGGUAUUAAUUUCACGCAUUGCUGACGAUGUAUCGUGGUUUCAAAAGCAUGUAUCCAACUUUAUCCUUAGCUACAGCGUGGAUUAUACAGAUCACCAAGCUUUAUGGCUUUGUCUAAAAGCGCUAGCUGCGGUAUAUGUCAUGAAAGCGUUUCAUUCAAGCCUCGAGAAUAGAAAUCUUCCGGGUCGUGAACAAGCUACCAAUCUCUAUGAAUGGGCAUUAUUAUUUCACUUAUAUGCGUCCCCAAACCUUCCGAAUGUUGAUCUCAUAAUAAUUGCGUUGUUAGAAUUGUUGGAUGCUUUUGCACUUGAAUUACUUUACCUCCAUUCUCGUGGUACUCAGUAUAGACUAAUACCAACUAGUAUUAUUGGAAUUAUCGGCAUUAUUCAUUUUGCAUAUGCGCUGCGUUUUUCAACGUCUUAUCCUCUGUUACAAAGUGUUGCUCGAUUCCCGGAAUUGGCGCUAAUAUGUGUCAUCAUCAUGUGCGCUGUUUUACAUGGCGUUGCAAUCGUGGCAACAGGUGGAAACCUUCGGGGAAGAUUUUUCCUUGAUUCGCGAUCCUUACCUUCGUUGAAUCAAGAUUACACAAUGGCAUUGUACUCGAUAGGAAUGGCUUGUGUUGAAGCUACAAGAACGGAUGGAUAUCGUAAUGAAUUGAAUCCAAUUGCCGUUCCUAUGGGAACUGUUUUCGAAGCUUCUCGCAGGCGAAGAAAAAUCAUCAGGAGGAGACCAACAAGUGGGUUUGAUAAUGAGCAAAUUGAUAGUAAUGGUUUGACUACCACUCAUGAACCAGACAAUAAUCCUCUUCGGAUAACAGUUAUGACCAAUUUUGCGUAUAACCUUAUUCAAGUCGCUUCAGAUUGUGGAUCUUGGAUCCUUAAUAGACUCCCAAUUCCAUUUUUGGCACGACGAAAUGAUAUAUCAAAUCAAAAUCUGGUUGGGGUUCAGACAAGAUCAGAAGGUGUUGAAGAGUACGAUCCUGAUGCAGAAUUAUAUGAAAGAACCUUAAUAUCAACAUCUGCAGAUGAAAAUUCGGCACUUCUAGUCCUUAUACAACAGAGACGUGAAUUAUCAGAAGUAAAACAACCAAUUACAGAUCGAUUAUGUGUUAUAUGUCAUGCUGAGCCACGGCAAUGUUUAUUAAAACCUUGCAGCUGCUUCGCCUUGUGUAAUGACUGUAGAGAAGUCAUGGCUCAAAAACGGUUUAAGACUUGUCCGUGUUGUAGGCGCACAGUUGAAGGAUGGUGUAAAAUAUAUGUACCAUAG